AUGAUUUACUUAUGCAUUGGAUUGUCUACUCAACCUGCCGGACUAUCCACAAUGUUUAGUACGACCCAAGUCUCUUCAGAGAGCGAGAGUGUGGUGCAACGUCUACAUGACCACAUUGUCGCCAAAGAUCUUGUUCAACACGUUGCCGUAGAGCAUGUUACCUCUUACUUGAAACCCGGCACCGGCGUUCCUUUCAAGCCGCAGCAGACAACCUGGCAUCGCUUUCUUGAUGAGCUGUGCCACCUCUGUGACUUCAAAGGUGGUGGCAAAACUGUAAGAUCGAUUGCUGUCGAAAACACAAGCAGCAGCGGCACAAUUUUCUGGGCUGCUUCGACCUAUACAGAUUCAGCUGCUUUCGAGCAACACUUGUUAGCGUUACUUGGAGUCUUGAAGAGGCUCUCAGCCAGGAACAGCCGCACGGAGGAGACAGCAGCAGCCAUCAAUGAUCUCUCCGUGGAUAAAGCAUCUGGAAGGAUCAAGGUUUACAGUGCUCUGUUCAUUGAGUCGGCGAACCAGGCUAUCAGAAAAUUGUCAACAAGCACGGCGCCUGCAGAUCGAACCUUGCUCACUGUCCUCAAGGAGCUCAAAACCUCUUCAGACUCCUUCCCAGCAUUGUGUCGUGGAGCAUACGACAAAUUCAGACACACUGAAGCUCAAGCACGGCUGAACUAUCUCAUCGAGCACGAUCACGACACUUUGUGGACGCAUCUAAGGCAUCGUAUCGGACGACUCGGUUCGUUCAAGCGCGCUUCGCGAUUCCUGGCCAAGAACGCACCCAAGUUCGCGGACAUCAUUCGAGAUGCAAAGGUCAAGCUUGUCGAUUCACAGCCUCGAGUGAGGACGCCGAUAUCUGUGGGACCAGAUCUCGAAACGCUUCUCACUCGCGUGUGUGCCUGGCUGAAGCAAGAGGCUAUCCUCGCCCAAGCAACAAAGAAGCUAGAGACCGCAGAGAACAAGCUCAAAAGUCUCCGUGAGCAUACUCUGAUGCCCAUAGUGCAUGCAGAAAUACUUAUUCUCAACCACUUCUUCACCAAGGAUCUCCGCUUCGUAAAUGACGAUCGAUACAUCGGCUGCAGCAAGCCAUCAUGUUACUGUUGUUCGCUGUAUUUUGAUGCACAUCCCGGAAACUUCGUACAAAGACCUUGCCAUGGGAAUGCCUACGUUAAAUGGUCGCCUCCGCGAUCCCAGACCGGCGCGCUGAGUGCCGUCACUGUCAACGUCUUGGAGAGCAUGACUCUUGACAUUCAGGGGGAGCUGAGAGUCCAAAUUUUGAAUGACAUUUAUGGACGCAAACGAAGUCGUGAUUCGGAGACUGGCAUGACGGCCUCAUGGAAUGGUCAAACGGAGACUCUGGCCGGGCCCGCAUGA